GUGUAAUGUGUAAUGCACCCAUCCAACAGCGACACCGCAUCUAAACAAGGGCAUCCAGACGACAUGACUUGAGAUACCUGAUUAACCAAGCAGCCAUGCUUCGACCCCUCUCUUGCCUUCACCUUCUGUUCCGUCCAGCAGGCUUCUGCCGGCCGCGCUAUGGCUUCCCCAAUCCCUGGCUGAGAAGCGGCUUCACAACCUCGACAGCAACCAACUUCAAGCAAAUGCCCCCGCGGCCCAAACACCCACCCGAAUCCGAAAUCGAAGAGUCCUUCCUCAAAGGUAGCGGGCCUGGCGGGCAAAAGAUUAACAAGACAAACUCCGCCGUCCAACUAAGACACAUACCCACGGGCAUAGUAGUCAAAUCACAGGCCACACGCUCGCGCACACAGAACCGCAAGAUCGCGCGCGACUUGCUGGCCCUCAAGCUCGACGAGCUGGCCAACGGGCCCCAGUCGCGCGCGGCCAUCGUGUCCGACGUUAAGAAGAAGCGGGCCGACAGUCGGGCCAAGAAGGCGCGGCGCAAGUACAGGAAGCUGGCUGAGGAGGCCGGGACCGGGGUUGGAAAUAGGGUUGGGGAGAUCCGAGCGAAAACCGCAACACAAGGUCGGGCAGACGAGGUAGAAGAAGAAGGGCGAGACGAGGCAGAGGAAGAAGGGGAGGGAGUAGAGACAGAUAGACACGGGAAGGAGGCGGUGUCAGAGAAAGAAAAAGGGGACAAACCGACGAGAUGAAAGUAAUGGGAUCGGAAAAGAACAAUGCUAGAUACCGGACCAGUACGAGGUAGACGUACGGCACGAGCGCUCAGCAGCGACAACAGGAAAGAAGACGGAGUACAGGCUGGAGUGAGGUAAGAAGGGACUGGGCACAGAUACCCACAGACCGAACUCGGCCAGAGCUCAACACACGAGAUAGGUGAUUCCUCUAUUCCGGCUUUAAACGCAACAUCUGCCAGCGGCAACGGCUAGUUGCAUGAGAGAGGAGUCAGCCAUCACAGAGACAACCAGCGGCACAAUAACGAAAAAUUGUAUCCUCAAGCUCUUUGGCCUACUAGUCCGCGCCGCCCUACGCACGCGCCCGCUCGCCCAGGAAACAAAGGC